AUUUUUCAUUUGUUGUCUACAUAUUUUUGUCAUUACCAAAACCCAAUCCCAUUUUUCAAUUGAAUUGGAUUCAUAAAUCCUUAAAAAAACCUCGUCGUUAUUUGUCGUGGAAUGGCGAGUAGCGGAAGUAUGUCGAACAAUGUUGAGAACCUCUCCCCUCAGACAAUUCGUGGGGUUGCAAAGGAAAUGAAAAAUCUAGUCGAUAACCCUCCUGAAGGAAUCAAAGUUCUGAUCAAUGAAGAGAAUAUCACAGAUAUUCAAGCAAAUAUUGAAGGCCCCUUGGGUACCCCAUACAAUGGUGGCAUAUUUAAGGUGAAAUUGACAUUGGGCAAAGGUUUCCCGACAGAACCACCUAAAGCAUAUUUUCUGACCAAAAUUUUCCACCCUAAUGUGGCACAAAAUGGAGAAAUUUGUGUCAAUACUCUUAAAAAGGACUGGAAGCCUGAUCUCGGCAUCAAACAUGUUUUACUCACCAUCAAGUGUCUUUUAAUAGUUCCCAAUCCGGAAUCAGCUUUGAAUGAAGAAGCUGGCAAGUUACUUCUAGAACAUUAUGAUGACUAUUUCCAAAGAGCUAAGAUGAUGACUGAAAUACAUGCACAGUUGCUCAAAAGUAAAGAAGUACCAGGUGAUGGACCUCUUGCAAAAAAACAUGCAGGAGACAAAGUUAAACUUACAGCAGAAAAGAAAAAAAUACUCAAAGACAAAAAACGAACCUUGAAACGUUUAUGAAACUCUUCAUUUAUAUUUUUUUACAAUUUGCCAGGGUGUUGCUUUAGUUUGACAGAGAAACACAACUGGUUUUUUUUAAGUUUUUAUACUCAUUUGCAGGAAAAAGAAAAUGCUUCUUAUUUUUAAAUUCAGUAGGUAUGGCAUACAAAGUUAUUCGUGGGUUUGUCUAUCAAACUAAUGGCCCUUUGGGCAAUAUUUUGUAUUUUUUUUAUUCAGUUUUAGAAGUUGUUUAUGCUUUUGUUUAAAUUUUAAUAAUAUAAUCGGAUUAUUUUCUAUAUGGAAAAUUCACAGUACAUCGUUAAGUCUACGAUCCAUUACAUUUACCUCAUACAAUCGCAUCUAGACACAGCUAGAAAAUGCUAUACGUGAAGUUGUGCUUUAUAAGACAAUAAAGAAAAAAUGGAGCUCCCAUUUAGCAAGUGGUGUCAUCUUUUAGAAGAACAAUAAUUCACAAAGCGCAAACAGAAAAUCACCUGUAUGGGCGAAUUGUAUUCAGCAAUUCACAAAGUGCAUCUUCUAGACACUGUGACGAAUUUAUUCAAAAUAUUUUCCAUAUGGAAAAUUCAUCUAUAUAAACGACAAGAGCCAUAUAAAUGGUCUUAGCUUCCCUUUUGGCUUAUUUAGGAGCUAAAUCCAAAAUGGAUGCUGACAUUAAUCAAAUAAAUGGGUGUGUUUUUCAAUGAAUUUUUCUUGGAAUUUAUACUUUUUUUUCUUGAAUGUUUUGAAUAUUUUUGUUUAAGAAUGUUUUGACUUGAAUACCUAGGAUUUUUCAAGCACAUAUUAUUUUAUUUUGUUAAGUUUCCUAUUUAUUUGAAACAUGAGAGAGGCAGUGCAAUGAAUUUGUCUGUUUUUAUUUUUUCACAGUUCAAUUUCCUGAGUAGGAUUAGGUACAUUUUAGUUUUUGUGUUCAUGUAGUGUAAUGUGAAAUUAUUUAUUUAAUAAAACUCAUUCCCUAAUUAUAUUUGCAUUGAAAUUAUUUUAUAAAAUUAAUCAGAAUGUAAUCUUUAUAAAUAGUACAUAUCGAAGUACAUAAUAUAUUCUUGAGGUAAACAAAUACACAGUAGUAUUAAGGAAUCUAAGUCUAGAUAAUAUGUCCACACUUCACUGGGAUGCUAGGUAAAUUAUAUUUAUUUUAAAAUUAGGGCAAUAAUUAGAACAAUCAGAAUGACUACUACCACAAUAAGGAUGAUUUUUUUCUAGAAAAAAAAAGGAUAUCUAAUGUUUUAGACAUUCUAACUUAAUUUACUACCUUCAAAAACUUUUUACGGUUUUGUGCUCCUUGCUGUAAAUCAUUAGUUCCUUGUCCAACAAAUUCUUGAGCCAUUGAAGCUUGAUAUUCAACUCUAUCUAUUAGCUCUUGCUAAAAAUUUACUUUAAAAAGUUUCAAUGUAAAAAUAUGUAAUUUGUUACCUGCCUGAUUGUCUAUCAAAAUUGCCAUCUGAAGGAACAAGUCUCGAAUUUCUUCUAGCAUUCUUUCUAUUUUUAAAAGUUGGUUAUGCCUGUCCUCUAAGUCUUGAAGGAUUCUCUUGGCCUCUGCCGUUUCAGCCAAUAUCUACAAUGAAUCAAUUAACUUAAUUAACUGUUCAAAAUUUAAAAAAAAAAAAGUACAGCUCAGGCCAAUGAAACUAGGAUUCAGCUGGUCAAAUAUUUGCAGCUAGUUUUUUUCUUGUAUACAGCUCUAUUGAAUUUUUUCACCUGUGUGCCGUUUUUACCAGUGCUGCUUUUACAGAAACUUAAUUUUGAGCCAACAACCUCUGACAUCUACUGCUGUUUCCAGUAGUGCCUUCCACUCCUGUCGGUUCCGGGGUUUAAUGAUCGAAUUCCCUGCCAGUCUUCUUAAGUCACUGCCCCAUCUACUGAGUAGGAUUCCACUGGGUUACCUUUUUAGUCUAUUUAUUUUAAUUUAUGUAAAUAUUUAAGUUUUCUAUCAAUACCUGAAAAACUCUCUGUAUGUAACAGUUUUUCUGAAUUCCUCCAUAAGUUCCAAGUCCAAUAAUUUAUUUCGAAGAUACCUCAUUUUUCUAUUAUGCAUAAUGACUCAGAUGAACGAGAGCGAAAAUAAUUAUUUUCUUGAAAAUGAAGCAAAAUGUGGAAAAAAUCAUUGUGUGUGAUUUUUUUGGAAAAAAACAAAUCUACUUGCUCCGUGGGUCUACUCCUGCAAUGACCUUCUCAACAGUGAUAACUUCCAAAGAUAGUUGAAUAUAAACUAUACAAAUUUGAUCAAAGAGCUUCCAGAUAUUGAUAGAAAACCGACUAUUUUUGAAAACUUCAAAAUCCAUGUUUUUUUGAGAAUUUUUUGUGGUAUGUGACUAAAUUGGCCAUGAAUCUGCUAUCUGCUGAGGAUAGACUUGGCUUCUUUAACGAUUGCUCGGGUUCGCUAAACUUCACAACCACCAUAUUGAAAAACUCAUUGGUGAACGGCUUCUUUGUUGAUGUCCACACUCUUUCCAUCCCAAUGUAGUCAUUUGAAUGCAUAUUAUUAAGAGUCUAGGAGAAAUUGCGAAUCCGUGUCUCAUCCUUAGUAGUUUUAUAUUAUUUUAUACUUAUUUGUAGUUGCGUUGAGCCCUACUGCUGCUGUUCGAGGUUUUUCCAGUCCACAGUCCACAAAUACUAGUGCAUAUUCUACUGAGUUUUCAAUCAGAAUUUAUAAAUGAUCAUUUGUACGAAAUUCACUCCUGAAAGCAGACUGUUCACAAUUCUGAUUACAUUCUUUCUCUAAAAUCUUCUUUUUAGUGCGAGAGAAUUGUCACAGCGUUUUGUUAGGAUUAUAUUUCCGAUAAUUCUUCACCAUCCAUUUUGACAGCUUCAGUAACGAGAUUAUCUGCUUACUUGACUUCUGGAACUUGAGUAUUUUUCAUUUCUUCAAGGCCGCUUUGGGUAUCGGCUUAGAGUAUCGGCUUUUUCUUCUGGGAUGUUGGAGGUCUUUGUAAAAUGCAGCCAUUACUUCAGCUGCUCAUGCAAUGGGAAAUAAAAAUUUCAAUUGAAGGUGGCAUUGUUGAGAAAUAUGACAAUGGAGAACACAUUUCAUGGUUUCAUCCAGAAGUUGAUAUCUCUGAAAUGGUUCCUACUGUGAAGAAAAAAGUCGAGAACAUUUAUUUAAUUAUUUUUCAACUAAUGAGCACAGUAAGGAGUGCAAGAGAAACCAAGAUAUAAAAAUAAUUAUUUUACAAUUUUACAAAUGGAAGUGUUUAGACAUUUAGGACUAUAGGAUCUACAUUAAACUUAAAGUAAUCUUAUAUAUUUGAGUUUUAUAUUUUUGGAUUUAUAGAGUGUGCGUCAAUAGAAGCAGCAUUACCAAAAACAAUAAAUAUUUUCUACUAAGGUAGCUACUUAUUAAUUAAAGGAAGUAAAGGUUUUUCAAUUCUGUUAAUUAUUUGCCUAACAAAAGCAAUAUUUCGUAACUCAAGUAGGUGACCUGCAAUAAUUGCGGCAAUUUGGUUUCUAGGAUGGCCCCUAACUUCAGCUGAAGAUCCGUCUUGAAUGUAUCUUAUCUCUGUACCUAAUAGGUUCACAGUUUGUUGAGGAAGAGCGAAGAACUAGACUCAUAACUGACAAGUUGUAGGAUCUGUGUUCAGAUAUUCUGUUUCUGUAUAUUUAUAAAAAUACUGGUAGAACAAGACAUUUACAUUUAUACCAUAGCUUAAAAGUAUCAAACUGUUGCUCAGCAGUCUCCAGACACAUUUCUUGUAUUGAAUUUCUCCUCAAAAUAUAAGAAAUUUACAACUGUUGUAUAGGAAAGUUCAAACAUAGUUUAUUCAGUAGAUAAAACACUCAUGUUUAUGAGGGUGAUCGAUAACAACAGCAAAGAAAGUGGCACGAUUAACAUUGAAAAGGCCCCCGUAAAUUUCAACCAAAUUUCAAUAUUUUAAAGGUAUCAUCAUUGCCAAAAAAAAAAGAUUGAAAUGUAAAGAGGAUCGUAUGUCUGUGAUAGCAAAUAUCGCUUGUCAAAGUACAUAGGUCCUGCUAUGCUAUGCAUAGUAAAUAUCCGAGGAAAUAUCGCUACGUAGAUUUUCUUGAAUAUCUCGAAAAAUAUUAAUCCGAUUUUGAUGUUUUUGGGGUACUUUUGUAAUGAUGAUACCUUUAAAAUACUGAAAUUUGGUUGAAAUUUACAGGGGCCUAUUUUCAAUGUUAAUCGUGCCUCUUUCCUUCACGGGAAUUGCUCUACUUACCGCUCUAUAUUCACCUACAUAAAAACUGUCGCAAUAAUUACACUUACUUGACAAUGAUACCAGUUAAAUGGUUCCUUAAUACCAGAAUCGACAAUAAUACCAUUCACACUUAAACCGUUUGAAGAAUCAGUCAACCAAUGAUGUUAAACCUUGAAUUCCACUUACAUUUCCAGUAAAUACACUAAUGUCGGUUCCUUCUUCAAGCAACUGUGUAAGUUCUUCAUCUGUAACUCUAACACCUUUCGCUCUGAGUUGAGCAUCCAACUCCAGCUUUUUAAUAUUUCGAAAAUUUUCCAGUUCACCAUUGUUUUGUUUAAACGCUUUUUGAUAUCUAGUUUUCAAUGUAUUGAGUUGUAUAGUUUUUAUUCGUCCUUCGGCUGUUGAAUUGUCUAUAUUAUUAACCUCCUCUUCAAACUCCUUGAGUUUUGCUUGUACCCUAUGACAUAUGCUGGUAUUAUUUUGGAAAAUAGAUUGAAUUUUUUCAUUUAAAUCUGCAAAAAAUCCAUUAGAAAAAAACGAAAAUAAUAGGUAAAUAAUGUAGGAACUACCUCUCUGAUUAGUGUUUAUGUCAUCUACCUUUUUAAUGUACUGUUUGAGUGCUUCUGUAUUUUGUUCAAUGGUUUCUAUCCAAUCUCUUAGAAUAUCUGCCCUCUCAAAUGUUUCCCUUAGGUUAGCACCUCCUGUUAAAGGUUCAGCUUCUUCC